GCUUGAUUGACAUCUACGAAGAAAAAGAUCGGAUUACAAGAUGGUGGUCUGUGGACGUUAGCUGGGGAGGCCAUCAGAGUUGUUGUGCUCUCUUUGAAUGUUACUACUUGAGCGUGAGGCCUUGUGUUUAUUAGAUUUAAGCCGUAGACGUAUAGUGUUAGUGAAAUAGCCAAAAAAGAUAUAUUUCUGUUGUCUUAAAGUUCGCUUAGAAGUGCAUGUUUUAUAACAUGCAGGUGGGGGAAAAGUUAACAGGUCGCGGAAAACACUAGGUGAAGUGAUAGUCUGCGAGCAGCCAGCUAGCCUGCUAGCUCCGACUCGUUUAACCAUGUCGGACACACGGCGGCGGGUGAAAGUUUACACCCUGAAUGAAGAACGGCAGUGGGACGAUCGGGGCACCGGACACGUCUCGUCCUCGUUUGUGGAACGACUGAAAGGAAUUUCAUUAUUAGUUCGAGCCGAGUCGGACGGAUCAUUGCUGUUGGAGUCGAAGAUAAGUCCAAAUACUGCAUAUCAGAAACAACAGGACACGCUGAUUGUCUGGUCCGAAGCAGAUAAUUAUGAUCUUGCCUUAAGUUUUCAAGAAAAGGCUGGCUGUGAUGAGAUCUGGGAGAAGAUUUGUCAGGUUCAGGGUAAGGACCCUACUCUGGACAUCACCCAGGACCCCAUCGAUGAGUCGGAGGAAGACCACUUUGAGGAGAUUCCAGAAACGACCCAUCUGGUUGAGCUCCCUCCUUGCGAGUUAAGCAGACUUGAGGAAAUUGCUGAUCUGGUUACCUCUGUCUUGUCCUCGCCCAUCCGAAGGGAGAAACUCGCCCUGGCGCUGAUGAGUGAGGGCUACAUCAAGAAACUGCUAGGUCUCUUCAGAGUGUGUGAGGAUCUGGACAACCGAGAAGGUCUACAUCACCUCUAUGAGAUCGUGCGGGGUGUCUUGUUCCUCAACAAAGCAGCACUCUUUGAGGUUAUGUUCUCUGAUGACUGUAUUAUGGAUGUAGUGGGUUGCCUCGAGUACGACCCGGCACUGGUUCAGCCAAAACGACACAGGGAAUUCUUGACCAAGACGGCAAAGUUUAAGGAAGUUAUUCCCAUCACAGACUCAGAGUUGCGGCAGAAGAUCCACCAGACGUACCGGGUUCAGUACAUCCAGGACAUAAUCCUGCCUACUCCCUCGGUCUUUGAGGAGAACUUCCUGUCCACACUCACGUCUUUCAUCUUCUUCAACAAAGUGGAGAUUGUCAGUAUGUUGCAGGAGGAUGAGAAGUUCCUGACGGAGGUCUUUGCACAGCUCACAGACGAAGCCACAGAAGACAGUAAAAGAAGAGAGCUGGUAAACUUUGUCAAAGAAUUUUGUGCUUUUUCACAAACGUUGCAGCCACAAAACAGGGAUGCCUUCUACAAAACGUUGGCAAAUUUAGGGAUUUUACCUGCUCUUGAAAUAGUCAUGGGAAUGGAUGACCUGCAGGUGAGAGCAGCAGCUAUCGACAUCUUCUCUUACCUGGUGGAAUUCAGCCCCUCCAUGGUCAGGGAGUUUGUCAUGCAGGAACCACAGCAAACUGAAGAUGAUGUUCUGCUGAUUAAUGUGGUGAUCAAGCAGAUGAUUUGUGACUCUGACCCAGAGUUAGGAGGGGCUGUCCAGCUGAUGGGUCUGCUCAGGACGCUCAUUGACCCAGAAAACAUGUUGGCUUCCACCAACAAAACGGAGAAAACCGAGUUUCUGAGUUUCUUCUACAAGUAUUGCAUGCACGUCCUCACUGCUCCUCUGCUGGCCAACACGGCACAUGACAAAAACUCAAAAGAUCAGCCUGAGAGUUCAGCAAAGAUCAACCCUGUCUGUCCAGACAAUUUCCAGACAGCUCAGCUGCUAGCUCUGAUCCUGGAGCUUCUAACGUUUUGUGUGGAGCACCACACCUACCACAUCAAGACCUACAUCAUGAACAAAGAUCUGCUCAGGAGAGUGCUGGUGCUCAUGAACUCGAAGCACACCUUCCUUGCACUUUGUGCCCUGCGUUUCAUGCGCAGAAUCAUUGGUCUAAAAGAUGAGUACUACAACCGCUACAUUAUCAAAGGGAAUUUGUUUGAGCCUGUCAUUAAUGCCCUGCUGGACAACGGCACCCGAUACAACCUUCUCAACUCGGCUAUCAUCGAGCUCUUUGAGUUCAUUAAAGUGGAGGACAUCAAGUCUCUUAUCGCACACAUUGUGGAUAACUUCUACACAGCACUUGAAUCCAUCGAGUACGUUCAGACUUUCAAGGGUCUAAAAGGACGAUACGAGCAGGAAAAAGACCGCCAGAGUCAGAAACUCAACAGAGGUUUCUCACUCAGAUACCGCAGAGAUGCACGGUCUUUAGACGAGGAAGAGGAGUUGUGGUUCAACGAUGACGAGGACGAUGAAGACGGAGAGGCGGUGGAGAGGAGGAUGGAGGAUGACUUCUCCGAUAGCUACGAAAAGUUCAUGGAGGCCAAAAAGGGAGCUGCUAACGGAGCCAACGGUGCCAACAACGGGAAGUCUGCCACAAUCCCUCCCGCCUCACCCACAGUAGCUCCAAACAGUUCCUCGUCCACUGUUAAAACCGUCGCUCUUCCUGCCACACCUGUCGUAAAGACUGCCCUUGUUGGUUUGGUGGACUACCCUGAUGACGAGGAUGAAGAGGAGGAAGAUGAGGAGGAGGACCAGUCUCCACGAAAACGACCUCGUUUGAGCUCAUAAGACUUCUUGUCCGGUCAUAGCGGACAGACGUCGAGUUCCUCCUGUCCCCCUUCUUCCGGUCGUGUCAUUGGUCCUCGGCCAGCCCGUGCCACCUUUCAGUCUCACCGAGAAGACAGACGAAGACGAGCUCCUGCCUUUUUCAGUCCUGAACUCUGUCGUUUGCUCUCUCUGAGUAAGGAGAUGGAUUUCUCUGGAAAGACGCGUCAGUCUCUUCCUGCAGACAGAUGAUUUUUUUAAAACAUUUUUUUACACUUAACUCUUUCUCUAAGAUGCCCAACAUUUGCUUUUUUGUUCCUCCUGAGGAGAACUUCAUUGAUCUUUGUCUGCGCUUACCUGUUCUUUUCCUUCCUCCACCGCUCACCAAACCAACCACAGAUUGUGGGAAUCACAAUAUUCCUUUUUACUCCACUGUAUUGCUGUUGCAACAGUAGCAAGAAAGCCAUGGCUCAACAGCAGCCCUUUAAGUAAUUUACCAAACUGAACCAAUGGGCUCCAGAGGCAAUGGAAGCCAGAAAAAAAAAAGCCAGUCUGCAAACUGUUCGACUGGCCUUUCAGGCUCCCAGGACUAGCAAUCGAAUAAAUAAAAAGCCUGUCUGAAGUUGAAUGUGUGCUGCCUUGUCACAGAUAGAGGGAUCUUUGUAACAGAAAUAUUAAGAGAGAGGUGACGAGUCAAAUGAACCCUCAGCUGUAAUGAUGCUUCGAUCGAGUAGAGCAGGACUCCAAUCUUUAAAGGCCAUAGCAUCAGUUUGGUUCAAAACACACAAAACAGUGUCACAGGAUUGUUAGCCAGAAGUCCUGUAUUUCAAGAAUUUUGUUGAAGUACUGUACAUACGUUUUUUUUUGUUUUGUUUGUUUUCUUUUUAAUUAUUUUUCACUUGACGUGGUUUGAAAGUGGAAGGGAAUGCCCACCUGCUUGAGUUGUGUUUUUGGUCACAAAAUGGUGGAAGUGGGGGGAUAGGGUCACUCUACCCUUUGAGUUUAGUUCAUUUGAUUCAAAGUAAAAUGCAGAGGUUGGUAUAAAAAAAUACAUAUGAAAACUGCAGUAAAGUCACUUUCGCAGACAACAAUUUGAGGAUGUCUGUAGUUCUGUAUUUUAGUCCAGUUAAGAAAGUUAGUUUUAUGAUUUUUACACCUAAUGACAGCUCAAAGGUUUUAGUUUUAACCCAGUGGUAGGCCUGGGCUGUUGGGCUUCAAGUAGAUUUAAUGCUCUCUUUUGUUUCAGAUCUCAGGUUUAGAGUUGAUUUCCAUAAGAAACCAAAAGUCACCCGCUUUGUCUGUAAUAUCGUUGGAUAAAAGAUAAUUCAUUACUGAGGAAGUGAGGUGAGGUGCUCUGCGGGGGCUUUUUUUUCCUAUUUUGAAGGUUUGUAAUAUCCCAGUUGAGAUUUCAGUUCAGAUGAGCUUUAACAGCAGAGGUUUUCCAUGUAAAAAAUUUUUGCAGUAAAAAAUACAUUGAAGGAAAAAAUUGAUAUUGAGCUGUUUUUAUUAGUUGUGAUUAAAAAAAAAACUUAACCCCUGCAGUGGGAUAAGUUCAUUGUCAGGUUGAAACUUUUCUUGUGCUGUUUCUCCUGGUCUCAGAACGCGCACAAAGUCAAAUGAAGGGAUACAAAACUAGAUAUCAGAUCCACGCUGAAUACAGUAGGGUUGAAGCACAAAAAAAAGCUUAUUUUUAUUGUGUUCGUCAAGAGUUUAACGGUGAUUUUUCUUUUUCCUCAGUCUGUCGGCAUCAUCCAAUGACUUUUUCUGCUUUCCAAUGAAUUUGUACCAAGUGCAUUUACUACCACUAUUCAUUCUUAACAUUUGUAUGAAUUUAUUUGAUAAGUUUUGAAAUUAAAUGUGACCCUGACAUUGA